UGGGUAUAGUAGAAGGUGCUCAGCGGAGAGAAACCAGGCAGGCGCAGACACCUUCACGCACCGAGCAGCGGUUUGUUUGGCGGCCGGGACCCGAUCCUUUAAAACCAUGCUGGAUUGACUGCGGAGAGGCAACUCCAAUCAAUGGCUUGGCUUUGAAAUCGUUUCAAAUUUAUUGGAAAGGAGCGCGAGAUAGAGCGACAGAGGGAGAGGGAGAGAGAGGGAGAGCGAGAGAGUGGCGCGAGGGGUGGAAAUAAAGAUCCUUUCAACGAUGGAGCUGACAAUGGAAAACAUCGGAAAUCUGCACGGUGUAUCUCAUUCCCAUCAAACCAGCGACUUAAUGAACUCCCCGCACGCGCGCCAGUCGUCGGCGUCGCAUCGGAACUUGGUGUCGCACGGGCGGUCAGCCAUGGUGUCCAGCAUGGCCUCGAUACUGGAGGGAGCGGGGGACUAUCGCCCAGACCACGCUUUGUCUGGCCCCCUGCAUCCGGCUAUGACCAUGUCGUGCGACUCGGGGAUGAGCCUGAGCAGCACCUACACAACGCUGACGCCGCUACAGCACCUGCCCCCCAUAUCCACGGUCUCGGAGAAAUUUCACCAUCCACACCCGCAUGCUCACCACCAUCCAGCACACCAGAGACUUGCAGCUGGGAAUGUCAGCGGCAGCUUCACCCUGAUGAGAGACGACCGAAGCCUCGCCUCUAUGAGUAACCUCUAUGGCCACUACCCCAAAGACAUGUCCGGGAUGGGGCAGCCCUUGUCGCCCCUGUCCAAUGGGCUCGGGUCUUUGCACAGCUCCCAGCAGACUCUCAGCGCCUACGGUCCCGGAGCUCACCUCUCCAACGACAAGAUGCUGUCCUCUGGGGGGUUCGAGUCUCACGCAGCCAUGCUGUCCAGGGGUGAAGAGCACUUGGCCCGCGGUCUCGGGGGUCACGGGGGCGGGCUAAUGACCUCCUUGAACGGUAUACACCAUCACAGCCAUCCGCACUCUCAGGCAAACGGAUCCAUGCUCUCAGACCGAGACAGGCAGACGGUGGUGGGAGGCGGGCAAGGUACUGGGUCAGGGCAGGUGGAAGAGAUAAACACCAAGGAGGUGGCACAGCGAAUAACAGCAGAGCUCAAGCGCUACAGCAUCCCCCAGGCCAUCUUUGCUCAGAGGAUCUUGUGUCGGUCCCAGGGAACUCUGUCUGACCUGCUGCGGAAUCCUAAACCUUGGAGUAAACUCAAGUCGGGCCGAGAGACGUUCAGGAGGAUGUGGAAGUGGCUCCAGGAGCCCGAGUUCCAGCGGAUGUCAGCGCUGAGGCUUGCAGCCUGCAAGCGCAAAGAACAGGAGCAACACAAGGACCGCAACACGGCGCCCAAGAAACAGCGUCUAGUCUUCACUGACCUGCAGCGCCGCACACUCAUCGCCAUCUUCAAGGAGAACAAGCGUCCAUCCAAGGAAAUGCAGAUCACCAUCUCCCAGCAGCUCGGCUUGGAGCUCAGCACCGUCAGCAACUUCUUCAUGAAUGCUCGCCGCCGCUGUGUGGACCGCUGGCACGAUGACCACGGUACCAGCCCCGGGCAGCCAGGCACCUCUGCCACCACCUUCUCCAAGGCCUGAGAGAAGCAGGAGAGGGCCUUCGGCGGGCCGAGGAACCAGGCCGGAACAACAGGCGACGCUGGAAAUUCCCUGCAAAGCCUGUCUGUAACAGCCCUGCCUGGCCCGGAGCACCUGAAGGUGUCCUCUACACGAUAUAAAAAUCCUUUGUGCCAUGCAAUCAUCUUUUACGUCAGUUAAAAUUUCAAGCUCUCACCUGAAACAAGCAUAAUCUAAAAAGGUGAAGUGUGAAGUCAGGUCCACUCUGCAUUUCUCACACACAAGGACAAUCAUUGAUUUUGUCUUUCUUUUUUUUUCCUUCUUUUUUGAGAGAAAAUAAUUUUUAUGGCAUCUGACAAAGCAAAGCGACACCAAAGAUUUGACGUUUCUGUUGGGCGGUAUCUACAUGAUGCUGGCCUCCUCCUUCACCACCCAAGUAGCCACUGAUUCUGCUUUUUCCUCUCAACUCACCUCCUUUGUGUCUGCCUCCUCGCUGUUUCCUACACACACACACACACACACACACACACACACACACACACACACACACACACACACACCACACACACACACACACACACACACCGGCACACGGAAGCAACAAGGGCAAAAGAACGGCAAUAAAUCUGAAAACAGAACAGCACAUAGCCUUAUUAUCAGAGCCCCAUCCUGCACACACACAAGGCCGUCAUGAAGAAAACAACGCAGCCUAUGAAAAAAACAACAAGGCUUUCCAGUUCUCCGCCUCUACCUCCCCCCUCCUCCUCCUCCUCCCGCAGUCUCCUUCAUUCCUCAGCCAAAGGUAUUCCCUGAUGGCCAGCCAUUUCAGAGAGCAGCUCGGCCUGAUCAUACGGCAAACUAAUGAAUUGAAAAAUGAAUCGAUGCAGACAGAGAGGGAGCGAGGCCUUGACCCCCUCAUGAAGGUGAAACUCAAGACACUCGCCAGUAGAUACUCAGGUCUUCCAGGCCCAGGUCUCGUAUAUUUUUUGCACAGAUGUUGGGAGGCCUGCAGGGAGACAUGUUACUCUUAGCCUGAGCCCAGAGUCUGCGUUUCUCUGACCAACAGGAGAGGCGGGUGAGAUGUCUGGACAUGCUCUUUGUUCUGCUGGGAGCUUUUCCUCUAAUCAAUAACUGAGAACCGAACGAUGACAACAACACGCUCGGGCAUCCAGCCAACUACAUUACAGCUGCAUAGGAAAAGCAGAAUGUAAGAGGAGCACAUGAGACCCAGUGGAGAUGGGGACACAAAGGCCUCACUACAGCAGCAGCAGCAGCAUCAGCAGCAUCAGCAGCAAGCACACCUCGCCAGCCUUGCCUGCGCUGGCAGAGCAACAGUGCCCCCUGCUGUUGAAAGCAGAGACCUGCAUCCAGCAGAGCAAGGGGGGUUCAGAGUGGAGGAGAGGGAGGGAAGAGCCACUAGAUGCUGAGGAGAAGUCAUGGCACAACACAUUCAGGCCUCGCAGCUCUUUGAAGGCAGAUCAAUAGCUAACCAUUAUCCUAUUGUUGUUCCUCAUCCAACCAGCACUGGUGAAGCCGGAGGAGGGGGAUGGUUAGCCUGAAUGCUGAAAAUGCAGGGAUUUUGCAAAGGCAGGGAUUUAUUUGGGCAAUCCAAACGGAAUACAAGAAAAUUACACAAAGAGAGGAGGGGGAAAGUACAACAGAGUAAAAUGUAACAGAAAGGCAUCCCAAGUAAGACACAUCAGUGGUGCAGUGGAGGUUUCAUUUAGAUUAUUUUUCAGAGGUUUUAUGAAAUCAUUGAUUUUCUAUUCAUUCAUUUCAUCUGCUUGCAGAAAAAAAAAAAAAAGCUCAACAGAUGUGAUUUCAGUCAAACCUGGUUAUUCCCACACAAGGGUUAUCAGUAGCUAGCCCAAAGCUAAACACCACACUCAGCUGUUAAAAUGCUACAACAAUUAGUGCCAAUGCUUACUGCCUUAAUGCGAGUCAGAGAAAACGGUGCUAUGGUUAACACACAGUUACAGUGCGCCCUGCAGAUGAUGGGCGGUGUGUGCCAUAGCGCCCAACAAUCAGCUUUUAACUGAAUGAAAUUAUACUUUUUUAGUAAAAGAAAAGAAAAAAACAAGAAUCUGAUUUUAAAGGCAAACAAUAACCAAACCUCAAAUGAGAAAGACACCAAACAUACAGUGCAACACAAAAUGUUUCCAACGCAUAACUGGACACAUUUUGAAGCAGAAGAAAAUCUCUCAUUCUAUCUUUGGUUCUCUACCUCCUCUGUCCCUCUAACCCCAUUUCCCCCUCCAACCCCUCACCCCCUUCCUCUCUAUAUUGAUGCGGGUAUUUAAUUAGUACCAUAGACACAAAGUUUCUAUUUCUUGUUACUAUUGUGCUCUGUUGUGCAUAAGUAAGGCACCUUGUUGAUAAAUCAAAAACAAAAAAAGGAAGGACUUUUUAAAAGGAAAAAAAAGAAGGAUGCAAGGACUGAGGCCAACGAAGGACGUGGUUUUGUUUCUUUUUUUUUUUGCAUUCUGUGUGAAUAUAGACCUGCAGGACAUUUACCGCAAGAAAGAGAAAAGACAAGAGAAACAGGGAGCUGCUGAAGAGAAGAAUAAAUGACAGACACUUUCUCUCCUUUGGCAUUUCGUGUCGGAACUGUGGUACUCUCAGCCCCCCCGCCCCUUUAAAGCUGAGCCCUGAGGAUGGGGUAAAAUUAAGAGGGACAAAACAUGACCUCCAAAUGUCCUGGCUGACUCGCUAUGUUUUAUUGGAGGGUGGGGUGGUGGCGCGGGGCGUUUACGCUUGGGACUCCGUAGUUAUCUGUGUGGUCUUAAGAUGCAACUGUAGCAUUUCCAACAAUGUAGUCAGAUUAGCAGUGCAGAUUAGAUAAGAGGUGGUCAUUGUAGAGGAGCUGAUCAGGAGGUACUGACUAACUUCACGUUGCUGUAAGCAGUGAGUUAACGUCGCCAAAGGAAGAUGAGCUUAAAUUGACUUGUGGUAUACAGUUCAGUGAGCAUAGAUAAAUAGCUAGAUUCAGCUUUAGGAAUGACACUGACAAAAUGACGUUUGUAGUAGUGAGAACCAAUGUGGCUACCUCACUAAGCUGAGUGGUUUGUGAAACCGCCACUAAUACCAAAGAUACUGCAGCCUACCAGUCACAAACUGCCUAGGGGGACACAAACCAAAAAAACGAGAGCCCCCCCUCUUUGCCCCAAACUGUUACAAACACACUGAUGAUAUUACGCACACACACGCACGUGCGCACACACACACACACACACACGUUCCUACUAACAGCGCAGUCAGACUGCAUUGUGCCACAUAGGAGGAGGUGGCUGCCUUGCAGACAGAGUUGAGUGCCUUUUCCCUUCAACCACGGGUGGGACUGCACUGGACACACACCCACACACACAGAUGCAUGCAUAUAGCGGCAUACCCACUUACAAGCGUGUGCUCACACAGACAAUGCACCCAUAAUUGGAUGGACAGAAAGGGGGGCCAAAGAGAGGGACACAGAGUGGGGGCUGUGUCAGCAUUUUCUCCCAUAUUGACUUUCCAUCUUGAUACACUAGAAUACAAGCACUUUAUCAUGUAGAAAGUCUAUAAAACAUUUUCUAUACGCUAUUUAUUUGAAACAAAAUUAUAUGUUACUCCUUAAUCUGUCGGAGUCUUCGUUGCUGUAUCGUCGAUCUUCUGCUAGCUCUCAGCCUUCGUGUUUUUCUUUUGCUUUCCGCCUGGCCUGCUUACGCUCUCGGCCGCUUUACCUUCCUCACAUCAGAGAUAUUUUUGUGUAACAGAGAAAGAGAAGGGUAAAGAGGCGGCGGCUGUAAGCACCCAGAGGGCUGUUGUUAUAAAAUCUUAAAUGCCAAACGGCUUUCUUUCUCCCCACUGCGUGCAAGCACAGAGGCUGCACUGGAAAAGUGUGGAAGACUCGCUGACAGUUUAUAGACACACACUCUCUCCUCCCUCCCUCCCUCCCUCCACCUUGUCUGUCCAGUCAACUUUUCCCCCUGGCUAGUGCUAGGACUUGGUAGGCGUGUGUUGACAAUUAAUUCUGAAAUACCUCAAAAACCUUUCAUGUAAACUUUAUGUAAUUUAAACUGAAAAUAAUACUGCUAAUGAUAACAAUGAUUAUGAAAGUAUGAUACUAUGAUAGUUAGUUUUGGAACUUGUGACUUGAAGCUUUAUACUGUUAAAUUCCUUUUAUUCGUUUGCUUAUUUUUCCUCGUACGUUCUCUCGUUUGUUUUUUGCUACGGCAUGUACUUACUGUUUUCAUAAAGGAAAAGACAUUGUGAAUGUUUCUGUGGAGGGUCACGCGAGAAAAGGAGACAGAAGAAUAGAGGGAGACGAGCGAGAGCUGCUCGCUUCAGAUGUUUAGUUCAAAGCUCUCUCACAGACGCCUACAUUCAAAGAAACAACAAAAAAAGAAAGAAAGAGAAAAAGAAAUGACAAAAAUGUGAUUUCGGUUGAAUUAUAAACCAAAAAUUUGAUGUUAAACCAAAGGAGGAAUAACCUUAUAUCCAUUGUUAGCUUUCUUCUGCCUUUCAGUUGUCUUUUCUCUGAAAAAACAAAAAGAAAAAAAAAAACAGUUUCACAGUUACUUCUGAAGGUUCCUGGGUGUGUUCAAGUGCUCCUGAUGUUCUUAGAAUAUUAAAGACCAGCACCUCCUGUUGAAAAGAAGGUGCACUUUUUUUUCUUUUGUGCAUGGAUAUUGUAUAACUGUAUAGAAACCAACAGGAAUGACCUGUGAUUUUGUGGGGAGAGGAGGAGGAUGGAAAGACUUGGGUGUGGGGGGAGAAGGGUG